GUUCUGCAUCAGGCGUGAUGUCCGACGGGAGUCUGUUCUCAGUUCAGUCCGCCGGAGUUUAGGAGUUUAGAGCACCUGCCGGAGCAGCGCCGUCGAGUUGGGCAGAGCUGGGGAAACCGGAACAGGAUCAUAUUACAGACGAUUCAUUCGGACUCGGCGAACCGGUUUAUCAAGUUUGCUAAAAUAGCUUCAAAAUAUCGAUUCGUCCAGGAAGCGAUCAGUUGACACACACACACACACACACACAUGACAUCGGUUACUACUUCUCUAUCAGAUGAUUUCAGCACGUUAGAAACUGCUUACUCGAGUGUCAGCCUAUGCAGAAACCUGACAUUAUUUACAUCUGCUGAAUAAGUGAACGUUUUAAGUAGCAUGGCUUGUGCUCAGCGUUAUGUCAACAAAGUUGCCAUCGUUACUGGGGGCACUAAAGGCAUCGGAAGGGGCAUCGUUAAAGUGUUCGUGCAAAAUGGAGCCAAGGUUGUGUUCUGCGCGCAAGAGACUGAGCUGUCUGCUGGUCAGUCUCUCGAGUCUGCGCUGAAUAAGGAAGGACCGGGGUCGUGCACGUUUGUGUCAUGUGACGUGACAAAAGAGGACGACAUCAAGCGAUUAAUCAAUGUGACGACGGAGAGAUUUGGACAAAUAGACUGUCUGGUGAACAACGCUGGGUGGCACCCCCCUCACAAGACCACAGAUGAAACCACUGCGGACGAAUUCAGAGACCUGCUUAAUCUGAACGUUAUCAGUUACUUCCUUACUUCAAAGUAUGCGCUUCCGUAUCUGCGUAAAACACAAGGAAACAUCAUCAAUUUGGCCAGCCUCGUCGCCUCAAUAGGUCAGAGAGAUGCAGCUCCCUAUGUGGCAACCAAGGGGGCGAUCACCUCCAUGACUAAAGCAAUGGCCGUGGAUGAGAGUCGCUAUAGAGUGAGGGUGAACUGCAUCUCUCCGAGCAAUAUAAUGACGCCUUUAUGGGAGGAGCUUGCCGGCCAAACAGAAGACGCGGCUGCCACUAUUAAAGGGGGAGAAAAUGCUCAGGUCCUGAAUGGGCGCUUUCUUCAGCCUCUCUCCCUGUCGUGUGGGUCGUUGCGGUUCGUCAGCUCCUCCUUCAAGGCUGCAGAUCUUACCAUAGAGAGGAAAUCCGUACCGAGUCCAAAGCCGGACCCCUCAACCCUUGUGUUCGGCAAGCAGUUUACAGACCACAUGCUGACAGUCAGCUGGUCUGAAGCAGGAGGAUGGCAGGCACCUCAGAUCAAGCCCUUCCAGAAUCUGUCCCUUCACCCUGCUUCCUCAGCCCUGCAUUACUCUAUAGAGCUAUUUGAGGGCAUGAAGGCUUUCCGAGGAGUAGAUAACCAUAUCCGUCUCUUCAGGCCUAUGCUGAAUAUGGAGCGCAUGUACCGGAGCACAGAGAGGAGCUGUCUGCCUUUGUUUGAUAAGGGCGAACUGAUAAAGUGUAUCAGUAAGCUGAUUGAGAUCGACCAAGAAUGGGUUCCUUACUCCACAGACGCGAGCCUGUACAUCAGACCAACAUUCAUAGGAACUGAACCUUCUCUAGGUGUCUCUCGAGCGGGUCAUGCUUUGCUCUUUGUCAUCGUCGGGCCCGUUGGACCUUAUUUUUCAACUGGAGGCUUUAGUCCAGUGGCAUUGCUGGCAGAUCCUCAAUACGUCCGGGCCUGGAGGGGCGGUGUCGGAGAAUAUAAGAUGGGAAGUAACUAUGGGCCGACAAUUGCUGUUCAGAGUGAAGCGGCCAAGCAGAAGUGCCAGCAGGUCCUUUGGUUGUACGGGGAGAAUGAAGAGAUCACUGAGGUUGGAACCAUGAAUCUCUUCAUCUACUGGACCACAGAGAAUGGAGAGAAAGAGCUGGUCACCCCUCCGCUGGAUGGAGUCAUUCUUCCAGGAGUCACAAGGCAGUCGUUGCUGGACCUUGCCAGAGAAUGGGGGGACUUUAAAGUGACAGAGCGCCGAGUUUUAUUGAAGGAGCUGAUAGGCGCUUUAGAUGACGGGCGGAUUCUGGAGGUGUUUGGUUCGGGCACUGCAUGCGUGGUGUGUCCGGUUGGAAGUCUGCUCUACAAAGGACAGACUUACCAAAUUCCCACAAUGAAGAACGGUCCAGACCUUGCUAAGAGAUUCCACAAGGAGCUUACUGACAUCCAGUACGGACGCACUCAGCGGGACUGGGCGCCGGUGAUCGUCUAAACGGUCUGAUGCAGGUUUCAUGUCUAUAACCUCUCAUCUCAAGUGUUUGUGUGUGGACUAAAUAGACGGGUGUUAUUCUACAAUAACAACCUUUCUAAACAGAAACCACUUAUUAAAUAUAUGCAGUCUUUCCAUAUGUCCUUACUCGCUUGCUUGAAUAUCCAUACAGCACAAUUUGUAGCACUAGAAAUCGUCCUUAAACCUAAGCACAAGUAUGAUAAGCCAUAUAUAAGCAUACUUUAGGCAACAAGCAAAUAUGUUCUCCUUGCAAUAGUUACUGAUCCAAUCUGUAGAUUUCAUUGUUUUUUUUUUUUUUUGUUCCUUUUUUAUAAACCCGUCUUGCUUUUUCUAUCUCCUAAAAUGUUAUUUUCCUACGACUUUUAACUUUUAUUAACAUUAAUAUUGCGGGAAUGGUGCUAAGAAAUCAGGCGGUUGAGAAGGAUAAGGCUUCAGCACGUAAUCAUUUCAAUGUAAAUGUUCGUUCACUUAGCUGCUUUUUUUUGUUUGUCUAACUGGAGAACACGCGUCAUGAUUUCCGUUCUUACUAGCAAGAGGACAGACAGCUAUUCGUUUUGCAUCAAUUUAAACCGUUCCGUUUCUUUUGAAAGACACUAAAUUGGUAUUUUAAGUCCGAAUUUGUAAAGAUGAUUGUAUAUGUCUGUUUAGAGAAGGACAAAGACCGCCCGAUGUAGACGAUUUGAAACCAUGAGCUGAACUUAUGCACGCACAAAGGGCUUCUGGACGGCCCAGACAUAACGGCUCUAGAGACCACUAGAAAAGUCUUGAUGUGAUAAUCGUAGGUGAUCAUUACUAGGCUUUGUGUGUGUGUGUGUGUUAUCUAUAUGAUAUCCAGAACAAUAAUGUGACCUGUAUGUACAUGUGUUUGUGAAAUAUAUUAUGUUCACUGAACAUGUAGAAUGUAUUGGUUUUAACUUAUCGCUGGCGUUGUUUUAAUGGCUAGAAUACCUAUAGGCUCAUUGUAAAACCCCUCUUUGUUCUUCAUUUUAAACUUGUGUUUUAAUCAAUGCACUCCACAUCUCUUCUGUCUAAGUGCCUGAUGGAGUUGGCUGUUACUUUCUCCUUGUUGGCUGUAUCUUUCACAUUUGUCAUUACUGUGCGGAGGGGGCUGCUGCUGCACUCGUGAUUGGUUUGUUUUGUUUGAAGGGUUUUUCGGAGUAGAUGUCUUUACUUUUUCUCUUACUGUAUUUUUACAAAUAAAUUCAAUUUGCAUCCAAA